AUGCCGGAGUCGCCGUUUACGGGUGAACGAGGCGUUUGCGGAGCUGGUACCCGGCGCUACCGGCGGCGCGAGGAGCUGCAGCGGCUGCAGGAUCGAUACGGGAGCCCCAGCGCCAGCUCCAGCGACGACACCGAGUCCAGCGGGGACGAGGCUCCCCUGGACCCCGUCCUGGAGCGGGAUUUCUACCGUACCCUGGCUCUGCUCAAGACCCGAGACCCCCGAAUCUACCAGCCUGGCACCACCUUCUACAGGCAGCCAGAGUCCUCAUCGGGGAGUGAUGCUGAGGAGGAGGAGGCCGAAGGGCAGCCAGCCAAGCCCAUGUACCUGAAGGACUAUGAGAGGAAGGUGGUGCUGGAGAAGGGAGGCAAAUACGUGGAUGAGGAGGGGGAAGGAAGAUGAGGGUGAGGCGGCGCUGAGCGGAGA